GCAGACAGACAGAUAGUAAAGAGCCAUGGAGCCAUGAGAUGAACCUAGACAUGGACAGACAAGGAGAGAGAGAGAGUGAAAGAUCUGUGCUCUAAUAAUAUCCUCCACUGACAGAUUAGAGAUACAGAGACGCUUUGGGUUAAAUAAGGGAGCACAUCUCUAUUCUGUUAUCAAUUAUCAGAUUGAGGACAACACAAUACAAACACACUGUAAGUUGCCAAGAUGCCUGAACAAGGGCAAGAGAGAAAAUCCAAGAUCUCAGCCUCAAGAAAGCUUAUGCUAAAGAGUCUGAUGGUGGCCAAAGCCAAGGAGGAGCUGGAUCAGGAGGUGUUGGAUAAAGAGGAGGAGAAGCAGAGGUCUCUGAUGGAGAAAGUUCCUCCUCUGCAGACGCAGGGCAUGUCAUUCGCUGAGCUUCAGGAACUCUGUCAAGAGCUUCAUGCUAAGAUUGAUGUGGUGGAUGAGGAGCGCUAUGAUAUUGAAGCCAAAGUCUCACUGAAUAAGCGUGAGGUCAAAGACCUGAACAUUAAGGUUCUGGACCUGAGGGGGAAGUUCAAGCGGCCCUCCCUGAGGAGGGUGAGGGUUUCAGCAGACGCCAUUCUACGAUCUCUCCUAGGCUCAAAGCACAAAGUCUCAAUGGACCUACGAGCCAACCUCAAAUCUGUGAAGAAAGAGGAUACUGAGAAGAAGAGGCCAGUUGAGGACAGCGACUGGAGGAAGAACGUGGAGGCCAUGUCUGGUAUGGAAGGAAGAAAGAAGAUGUUUGAUGCAGCAAAAGGCCCCACCCAGUGAAACCUUGUCUAGUAAAGUUAACACUCAACGUAUUGUUUGGCAACAAAAAAGGAUUAGGUUUAGAGUUACAUUCUAAAUAUACCAUUAAAUACCAGAUAUACUGUUAUUUCAGAUGUUGUUGAUAUGACAAUUGUAAUUCAUUGCAACUGCUCAGCAUUGGUGCAAAUCAUUACGCAACUUUCAUGUGGCCAAUAAGUAAAUAAUGACUAGCCUAGUUUAUCUUUUAUUAUGUCAAUAUUCAGUUAUUAGGAAGAGUCAAUGGAAGGGCGUGCCAAUGUAUUAUGAGAAUAAACAAAGAGAAAUAUUCGUUGAUGUACAAUACUCAUUAUAUAUGUUUCCAAAAGGUUCCCAUGCUCAGUUUGGCAUGGUUUUCUGUGAAUUAUUGUUUACGAAAGCUCAUAAUUCUGACUUGCAGUGCUGAAAUUAAACAUAUAAAACAAAAAGCACAAAAAGCUGUAGGUAUGUAAUUGUACUUGCAAAAAAGUGUUUAAUAACACAGCCAGGAUAGUGUGAUAACGUCUUUUUGCAUGCUAUAUAACAGUAAAGUGCCUGAAGAAUUUAAACAGGUGUGCUGUGUUUCUGUGUUUAGGCUAAUUUGAUGCAAAUGUUUAAAUUGCCAUUGAAUCAGAUCAUGCAUAUGAUGAGAUAAGGAGCACAUUCAGGAAGUGAAGCGUUAACUAUGGAGGCUGUCAUCUGAAGACAGUGGACUCCAACCCUUAUUUGCAUAAUGGAUAUAUCUCUGUCUUCCCUGUGUUGGCACUGGGUGGGGUGUUCAGGCCACUUAUGCAUGCUGUACUUAUUUAACGUUUAACAGUCGAAGUGCAUUGUGACAUUCCUCACUUGGAAUGUUUUUUUUUCUCUACUUGCAUGAGUGAAUAUAGAGGCAAUUGUAAAUUAAACAAUAU